UUUGCUUCAAGAGCAACAACACGUGAACAGGGCCAAGACACGUUCACAGCCGAAAUCCUUCGCCAUUAAAAUGAGAGUUGCUAUGGAGACAUCAAUAGCCAUGCUUUCAAACAAACGUCGCCUCAAGACUUAUUCAUUCCUUUUUAAAGCAGCCCAACAAAAUUUAAAAAAUGUCGUAUCGAGAAAUUACAGAUUUUAUUGAUAAAAUGUGUUUACUCGGUUAUCCGCGUUUAAUUUCUCGCGAGAAUUUCCGAUCGACUAAUUUCGGAUUAGUAGCUGAGAUAUUGAAUUGGUUUUGCCAGCAGUUGGAUGUCAACAGUGGAAUUAAUUUUCUCAUAAAAACAGAACAGGAGCGCGUAGUUUUCGUAACAUCCGUUGUAAAAUUCCUGAAUACCAAAUUACAAAUAAAGCUAAAUCCUAAAAGACUUUACCAAGCGGACAAUAUAGCAGUGAGAGAACUUCUCAACGUGGCCAAUUUUUUUUACGAGGCCUUGCAGCUUGCUCGUAAAGGAGGUGACAAUAACGAGCCUUCUCUUUACGGAUUUGGUGGUCAAGCGGAAGAUGUUCGUGAAAUGCGUCAACUUGCUUCUGAGAUUACAACAAAAGGAGCUUCCAUACACGAUUUUUUAGGCCAAGAGAUGCGUAUGAAGAAUCAGCGUGAUCAAGUGCUACAGCGAACCUAUGAGCUGGGACAAAUUGAAACUGCACUGCAAUCAAAAAUGAAAAAAAUGGAGGUGGAAAUCAGUCAAAAGCAGGAGGCCAUUGAUAGUAUAUCUAAUACUGAAGCUUCGCUGGAUCAAAAAAUCGAUAAAAAGAGUCUAGAACUCCAGCGUCUUCGCAAGCGCUUGGAGACAAUGAAAAAUAUAAGACCACCUUUUAUGGAUGAAUUCGAAAAGCUUGAAGCUGAGCUACGGCAAUGCUACGAAGAUUACGUCAGUAAAUUCCGUUGUCUCUCUUAUCUUGAUAGUCAGUGGCAGGAACUAGAGAAAAAUGAACAGCAAGAACUAGAGGAAAGACAAGCUGCUGCUCGGAAAAUGGCUGAACGUUUGAGACAAGAAGAAACUCUUCAGGCUCUCGAAGCUGCCGUAGGUGGUACGUGGGAGGGAGGACAAGAUUUUGAUUUAUCUAGCGAGGGAUCGUUAGAGAGUCCUGAUCUCAAAGAUCUAAACAAAUCCGGAUCACGACCACCUUUUAAAGGAAUUGGGAGUCGUCGUGCUGGAUUGAAAAAUGAAAGCGAUCUUUUGGACACAGACACAGAAGAUUCUGAUUUAGAUGCAGAAGAUCCGCGUCUAGAAGAAGGGUCUGACUCGGAUGUGACAAUCGACGAAUGGCAAAAUGAAUCGCGGCCAUGGCAAGUCGGUCUCGGAAAUAGCAACCGCCCGAUUGCACGGAAUGAACCUCUUAUCAAACCCAUUCCCGCCAAUGUAUCCGAAGAUGACUUUUAGCUGUUAAU